AUGACACAGUCCGUUACCUCAUUGGUCUCCCUCGCCUCAGUGAUCUGCACUGGACUCUCUGUGGCAUCAUACACAAGACCAACAGUAUCUACAGUUGGCCACUCCUAUCUCACAUGUUCUACUUGUUCCUUUACAGAUACAUCAGAUGACACAGUCCGUUACCUCAUUGGUCUCCCUCGCCUCAGCGAUCUACACUGGACUCUCUGUGGCAUCAUACACAAGACCAACAGUAUCUUUAGCUGGCCCCUCCUCGCUCACAUGUUCUCCUUGUUUCUUCACAUCAUCAUCGCCCCUUACUUCCUUUUCUUCUCAGUCAACUUGUAUUCCAAGGAGCAUGUGUCGGAGAAGUCUAUCACCUUCCUCCUCCACCAAUGUGCUUGGGUCAUCGCCCACUCUCUCAACCUCAUAUUUCUCAUGAUUCCUUGUACAAAUGCGUCUCAAGAGGCUCAGAAAACCGCCCCAAUGAUAUGUAGACAUCUUAACAGAGAAAUGCGACCUGAAACACAAAAACAACUGGAAACGUUUGUUCUUCAACUGCUUCACUACAAGGCGGAGUUCACUGUGUUUGGUUUGUUUCCUCUGCACUGCCCAAUAUUGACAUCGAUCGCAGGAGCAGUAACUACCUACCUUGUCAUUCUCAUACAGUUUCAAAACGCUGAUGACAGCCAAUAG